AUGUCGGUUUUAGAAGCUGUUCUACAAACUCUCAAGACCCUGAGGUUUGAUAACUCGACGGCACCAGCAAAUCCUGCCGAGUCGGAAUAUGAAAAUCUUGAGACGUCCGAAAAGCUAAGGGUAUUUCAUACCUUGCCCACACUAGCUAUUAGUUUGGGGCCGGUGGAAACACGUGAAAAACUCAUACCUACAAUUGCAGAUGUUGUCUCUAAUGCCAUUGACGCCGGGGAUGACGAAAUCCUUAUGGUCAUAGCCCAGAAGUUAGGUUCUUUUGGUGAUCUAGUCGGUGGCGCUGAGCAUGUAUCUUUGAUUGUUCCUAUACUCGCCAAAAUAAUAUACUCCAUUGAAGAAAUUGUUGUCGCCGAAGCAGCAUGUAAUUCCCUAAUAGCAAUCCUUCCAAAACUCCCAAGUGAUGUUGUGGAUAGUACAUUUGCACCAAUCAUUCGUCACAUUAUUGAAGAGGAUCUUUACUGUGCUUCAAGGAAAGUAGUAACGAAACUAAUUAUCGCCUGCUAUCCUUUGGUUUCUUCAAAGAAUCAAGUAGAUUUCAAGUAUCGACUUUUCCAUCUGGCAGACAGUGAGGAUGAAGUACCCUUGGUUCGCGCUUCAUCUGUUCAGCAACUCGUUCCCCUUGCCAAACUAUUUGGUCCUGACCUGAAAUCAGAACUGGCAUUGCUAAUUGCAAGUUUAGUUUCAGAUAACCAACGGAUUGUUAGAGCUGCUUGCCUAUCACCUUUAGUUGAAUUAGGCCGAAUGAUUACUGAUGCUGGGGAGUUUGAAUCUACAAUCAGACCAUGUAUUGACAAACUUGCAAGUGAUCCUAGCAGAGAUGUUCGUAGAGCCAUGGCAUCAGUAGUCACUAGUCUUCAAACUCUAGUUUGCAAUCAUGGUGGUGCUGGUCGGUCAUUGCAUCAGAUUAUGCUGAAUCUUCUUGAAGAUAAUGAAGUUGAAACUCGUAGGAUCUCUGCUAGUCAACUGAAAGAUUUCUGUCUUGCAAGUCCUAGAGAUGUUCUUGUUAAUACUUUACUGCCGCGUUUACGUGAGCAUUUAUCUAUGGAGCGCGAAGAACGUGUACGCUCUGAACUAGUUCGAUGUGCCGUCGGUUUAUUACCUUCAAUUCGUCGAGAAGAUUGUCUUCCUUUGGUACAACAUAUUUUAGCAUUUUUAAAUGAUACAAGUUCACAGUCUAAACAGUAUGUUUUUGAGCAUUUCUCUGAACUGGUGUCUUUAAUGCCUGCCAACGAGAUUCAGCUGACAUUACUACCAAGUUUACUUCGUCUUUGGCAAGAUAAAAAUUGGCGUGUUCGUCUUGGUGUUGUUCAGUGUGUUCCUUGUUUGUACGAGAAGUUGCCUGAAAGUUGUUUACAAGAAACUGUUUAUCAGCAAACCUUGCAUGGUUGCGUGAUCCAGCUUGUUGCCUGUCCUUCAGCUUGCAAGAAGGCUUUUAAUGGUGUUGGUUCAAAAAUAAGUACAAGUUCUGUUACUGGAAGUACUAUUGCUUCGAAUCCGGGUAAUGCUUCAUCUACUACAAAUCCAGCUACUGGAACAAAUGUAUCGAAUCCCUCUACAGGUAAUCCUUCUCUUGCUUCAUCAAAUGUUCAAGCAAUCGAUCAAACUAAUACUUCGAGUCUUUCUACUUCAACUUCAUCAAAUUCAUCUGUUAAUCCAGUAAAUGCUUUAACAAAUCAAGCAGCUGCAGGCGGUCUAAAAGCUCUUGCAACUGACUCUAACUAUCAUCUACGUCAAAUAUAUAUCAACGUAGUACAAUCAAUUUGGGGUCCUGGAAUCAUGGAUGAGCCUCCUUACAGUGCUCUUGGUGAUGAUCCUAGUGUAGGAAUCCUGAUUCCUGCCUCUCGAAAUAUUUAUGCAUAUUUAUCAUCGAAAACAUCGAAGAAUUCUUCUCCCUCAAAUGUGGAUAGCCAAAAUUCAAAUGUUAGUGGAGUUCCUAAAGGCUGUCAACCACCACCACAGAUACCUAGUGUUCAUUUGACUAGUUGUGUAGCUCAGUUAUUACGUUUCCUUUCAGAGGAUGUAGUGCCAAAUGUUCGAAUUUGUGCUACACAAGCUUUGCAAAUAAUUUCCGGUUCCCUAGACAAAAAAACGAUCCAAAAUGAUGUGAUACCGGUUUUGAAGAAAGUUAUCGACUAUGAUUUUGAUCAGGAUGUUCGCUUUUAUGCACAGGAAAGCUUAAAUUAUUUUACAGCUGCAUGA